ACAGCGGCUUCCUUGAUCCCUGCCACACACGACUGAACGCCUACAGCGGCUGUCUCACCAUGAAGCUGCUGAUGGUCUUCAUGCUGGUGGCCCUUCCGCUGCACUGCUAUGCAGAUUCUGGCUGCAAACUCCUGGAGGACGUGGUUGAAAAGACCAUCAAUUCUGACGUAUCUAUACCUGAGUACAAAGAACUUCUUCAAGACUUCAUAGACAGUGACGCCGCUGCAGAGGCUAUGGGGAAAUUCAAGCAGUGUUUCCUCAGCCAGUCACAUAGAACUCUGAAAAACUUUGGACUGAUGAUGCAUACAAUGUACGACAGCAUUUGGUGUAACAUUAAGAGUAAUUAACUUUGCACAAGACGUUUGGCUCAGAGGACUACGGACGAUGGCCAGAACUCAUCUGGGGAUUGCUAGAAACCGCAACUUUUCCUUCUUGUUUUGUCUUUUUAUGUGGAAACUGCUAGACAAUUGUUGAAACCUCAAAUUCAUUUUCAUUUCAAUAAACUAACUGCAAAUCAUUAAA